UUCACUACUGUCAGUGAUGUCUUCUUAUCGUGGGGACGUGUGAAUUUAUUUAUUUGCGGAAAUCUAAGUUUAUUUCACUUAGCUUCUAUCAAAAAAUAUUUUAGAAUAUUUACCAGUAUAAAAUUUAAAUUAAUCUGGCCGUUUCCCAGCGUCCCAUAGGUUUUAAAGUUAUUGUUUUUUUACAUAACAAACCGGCCUAACUAACCAUGAGGAUUUGUUUGUUCAAAACUUUAUCAAGCUCUGUUGGCAAACGAUUUUUGUCAACUACGAAUUAUAAGAAAGUCACGCACUGUAUCUUCGAUAUGGAUGGGCUACUUUUGGAUACUGAAUUAGUCUACAAGAAAAUGAUAACACAGCUGUGUGCUAAAUAUGGUCACGAGUACACCACAGAAAUGAUGAUGAAGGUGCUGGGUGGCACGGAGCAACGUCUCUCGGAGAUCCUGUGUAAAGAGUUGAACCUUCCCGUGAGCCCUAAGGAGUUUAGGGAUGAGCUGUUAGUGCUCGGGGACACUAUGCUGGCAGGAGCUCCAUUGCUUGAUGGUGCCGAAAGACUAAUCCGUCACCUCCACAAAACAAAAGUGCCUUUUGCGCUGGCUACGUCCUCCAGUGAACGAUCGGUCAUCACAAAAGUUGCAGCUCACAAGGAAUUGUUCUCUUACUUCCAUCAUAAAGUUAUGGGCAGCACAGAUAGCGAAGUCAAAUAUGGGAAACCACAUCCGGAUAUAUUCUUAGUAGCAGCUGCCAGGUUCCCAGACAAACCUGAACCAGAAAAGUGUCUAGUAUUCGAAGACUCCCCGCACGGCGUGACCGCAGGAAUCUCCGCCGGCAUGCAAGUAGUAAUGGUUCCUGACCCUCACCUGGACAAGAGACUGACCAAACACGCCACCAUAGUACUUCCCACCCUAGCCAAGUUCCAACCUGAACUGUUUGGACUGCCAGCGUUUCAGUGACCUUUGUAACGGAUAUGGUAUUGUGAUCCACGGAGCUGUAUCAGCUUGGCUAUGUGUAGAAUUUAUUUUAAGAUGCCAAUUUCACUGUUAAUAAGGUGACAUGACUUUUAAGUUUAAGUGCCUAUGUUCUAGCCACGGCACGGUAUAAUUUUAUCGUGACUUUACAUCGAUUUUGACGAUAAAUUAUAAUAAUAUGGGUUUGUCGUACUGUGAUGGACAUAACACGAUAAAAUUGUAUUGUUGCUCUUGGUCAGGACUACAAACAGGGAAAACUUGAACUUUUAGACAAACAUUUCAGAUAUGGACACUAGUCAAAAAAGUUUUAUGAAAAUAAUACUGUGGAUUCAAUUCCAAAAUAUGACUGACUUAUUUUAAUAAAGGGUGUCCACAUCCUUACUGAAUGUACAAGUAUAAAUAGUGGCCAAUCAGUUAAUUACUAGUUUUCUAAUAAUUUCUGUAAGUAAAAUUUGUAACCAGUAACCAACUAAACACAUUUUAAUUUCCAAUGAGGGCUAUCGUUUUAGCGCCACUGUAGAGUAAGGUCCUGUCACUUGCUAGAGUUGCUAGUAGCGAAUACAGUGGC